AUGUCGCGCCAAAAAGCGAUGUUGCACCAAGAAAGAUUGCGCGCCGGGUAUCACCUCGAUUGCGCCCACUUCAACGUCUUUGCUUCCAUGCCAUUGCGUGUCGUCUCCUCGCCCUCAUUUCUCCAAGAAUCGCCUUGCCCAUGGUUCGCGUUGUCAUCUUCAACGCCGACACGACGCACCUUCUCGGCAGUUGAGCGCGUUUUGGUCGCCGCCGGGAUGCCGCACUCCCCCGUCGUGUAUCUACAGGAGCUCAACGAAGACGUGCAUGUACUCGGAGAGAAAAUGCACUUUGAGCACGCUAGCUUAACGUCCAGUGCGCGUGUGUUCAAGUUUGGUCAGGGGGAUGCUUGGCAGGCAGAGGAUGGCGUAGAGAGGACGGUGGGGCCUCGCACGUUAGCCCAGGUCGGACGCUUCGCAUCGAACUUGAUUGCGCGGCGUGCUAUUGUGGACUUGCCGGCUUGUGCACUAAAAGUCGAGAAUGAAAGCGCCACCAUCCGCAUGAAAAUUCGCUUGGUGACGUUAACGACCUUGCCCUUUGUCCGCGGAGGUUUCGGGCGUCGAGUCUUCACCGAAGGUGUUGCUCUUCGAGGCGUCAUAGGCACCGAAGCUACUGUAGGCGUCGUAGGCGUCGAAGCUGAACUCGUAGCUGCUGAAGGUGCUGAAGUCGUCGUAGCUGCUGGAGGUGCUGAAGUCGUCGUAGCUGCUCCGCGUGACGUAGCUACUGCUGAAGUCGUCGUAGCUGCUGGAGGUGCUGAACUCGUAGCUGCUGAAGGUGCUGAAGUCGUCGUAGCUGCUGGAGGUGCUGAAGUCGUCGUAGCUGCUCCGCGUGACGUAGCUACUGCUGAAGUCGUCGUAGCUGCUGGAGGUGCUGAACUCGUAGCUGCUGAAGGUGCUGAAGUCGUCGUAGCUGCUCCGCGUGACGUAGCUACUGCUGAAGUCGUCGUAGCUGCUGGAGGUGCUGAACUCGUAGCUGCUCUGCGUGACGUAGCUGCUGUUGAAGUACGAGCUGCCUUCGCGGGGGGUGCACCUUGCUGUUCCCCCCAGAGGCCCUCGCUGUCCCUCCGACGCUUGGGGAUAAUCUUGUCAAUAUCAGGAUUUGUCGAGCGCAACUUGCCAGCGGCUUCUUGGACUUGA